AUGAUGUUUCCGUCAUGGGUUCCGCGCUGGUCGACGUUCUCGGACAUCGAUGCCCAGCCUCUGCCAUUGACCUAUACCUACGACCAUCGCCUGAAGCCAUAUGCUGCAGGAGGCUACGGGUCAGCAUUCGCGGUCCAUAUCAGCUCGGAUUACAUCAUCAGCGUGACUGGAUCGAUUGUUGACGUUGUGGCCUGGACAUCACUGGCACUCAAGGUCGAAAAUCUCCGGAGUAAUGUCCACCUCUGGAAGCCUCGCUUCAGGGACAGUAAAUUAUCUGCUAUAGAAACAACCUGGUUGUCGCUGCUCGAUCAGGCGGAGCAAAGCCCCGAGAGUCUUGUGUCAGACCUCAGUCUGACAGUGGUCCGCGGGCACCAAACCUCUUCAGACUAUGUACAGAAUUUCCUGGCAUAUUGUGAGCUCGUUCGUAAGUUGGCUGGCUCGGAAGGAGACUCUCCAUUUCCAUCGCCUAGCCCUGGAGAGUUUUCGCCUUCGGAUGGAGAGUGGGCUCUGACAAGAUGUCGGGAUCGGCGCAUUGCCUAUACUGCUAACAAAAGAAUGGCGCUGGUGCCAUUGGUAGCCGAAGAUGAGGAUGUUUGUUGCGUUGUCAAGGGUAUGGCUACACCAGUUAUCCUUCGACCAACGUCAAAGGAUACGUACCAACUUGUGGGAGAUGCAUAUGUGAAUGGGAUCAUGAACGGCGAGCUGUUGUAG